UCAGGGCAAAGGUGAGAAGAUAAUUUUUCGCGGUAGAUCAGACUGACCUCUUUGAAAGGAACAUUUAUGAAAACACAGAGGCACAUGAAGAGCUUCAAUUGUGAUUUUGCGAACGAGGAUAGGACCGUUCCUAUGGCGAACAGCGGCCACGGGGUCGCCGUUAACGGUGUAGGAGCUCCUGGUUCGGGCACCUUGUCGAGGGAAGAAAGACGCAGGCGAAGAAGGGCUACGCAAAAGUAUCGAACCGCACAUGCCACACGGGAAAGAGUCAGAGUGGAGGCGUUCAACUUGGCGUUUGCGGAACUGCGAAAGCUGCUGCCGACGUUGCCGCCGGACAAAAAGCUCUCGAAAAUUGAGAUUCUUCGGCUGGCAAUUUGCUAUAUCGCUUACCUGAAUCAUGUACUCCAAGCUUGAACUUGCGUAUUUUAACAAGCAGAGAUAGAAGACUUAGAAAACUGUGACGAUUUCAUCAUCAUCAUCAUCACAA